GGGGGGGGGGGGGGCAGGGGGGACAUGUCCGCCCCACUUUUUCCAAAGUCAAGUUUUGACCCCUGCACUUUUUACCAUUCAAAAACAAUAUUACGCCAUAUUAAAUUGACACUGGUUGAGCAGAAAACAACCGUUUGUGUUGAAGCCUGUUUCCCAUUAGAGCAUACUGUAAAGACCCCCCCCCCCCCCUAAAGUGAAAAUUACGUCCAUGCGUUUAACCCUGAAAUGUGUUUGUUCCUACAAAGUGUUGAACACUGCUGCAUUAAGGUGAACAGCAAAGAUGCGAUUCGUUAUUAAAGAUCCUGAUUUAAUGCUUUUCUAGAGCUCUUCAUUAGUGAAUGGCAUUAGAAUAAUGCUCUGCCGUGUGGUCAACAGUUCUUGUUUUAAUCAAGAAGUCUGAUGAGAAUGUGGAAGGGUGAGAAUAGAGAAACGUGCAAUAUGAGAUGUUGAGUAGAGUGGCAGAUGGUUAAAGGAAGUGUGUGGAAGGGGUGAGAGAGCUAAGAAGCACGCACACACACACACACACACACACACACACACACACACACGCACGCACACACACGCUGGUGUGAAUUGAUUUAAUGGGUCUUGCCUUUUAACUGAACUGCCUGAACACUGCUCCAUCUUGCACGAUGGCCUCACUGCUCAGUUUUAUUUCAUUUACAGCGACUCUGAUUUAAACGUGUUGAUUUGAUGUUGAACACUGUUUUCUGCCCUCAGACUCUCCUUUUUGUGUAAUUUUGCACAUUUUCUUUUCACGUCUAGAGCAGCCAACAAUCUUUGUAAGUAGCUUCCAGAUCGGAUGCAUCACAAAUAAAGAAAUAAAACAGUUUCUUGUGAUUUUAUUCUAUAAUCUUAAAGUGACAGUGUGUAUGUUUCUUGGCGAUAGGGGGCAGUAGAUACCUAAAUUGUUGCAAGCAAGCAGUAUUUUUGUGUUGGAAUAAGACCUUACCAAUGGAUGCCUAUUAGGGUCAAAAAGCCCUCGGGUGUGCAAACUUUAGCAAAAAAACAAGCACAUCAGACUCCCUUUCAUUGCUGGCAACAAGUGAAGAAGUAAAUGUAUAGAACAACAACAAUUCACUGCCAAUGACGUCGUCAUUUGCAUGUUUUUACUGUGUGGGCGUCGGACGAGCCCCCGCACCGUGAGAACAAACAUCUCAGCUCUAAAGCCGAUCUUCAUCCGCGUACGUCACACGUCACGUGAUCAGGAAGCAGAACAUCCAUGUGUUAGGAGAUCGAUUUGGGCCGCUGCUGUAAAAAAAGUGAGGCGUGAACCAGAAAAGGUUCUGCCGAUCACAAUUCAACAACGGAUUAUGAAAGAACGGAUAACGCUCGAAACGCGCGGAUUCUUCCUGAUGUAAGAGGUGAGUCUCCUCUUUGUUUUGGUUGUUUUGGCGUCGACAUCAUCCUAGCAUGCAACAUUCUGUCCCUCUUUAAAAAACUGUAAAAACGGUGAGAAACGCUGGCAGCGAAGGGCUUUACCGAUCAAGAAAUGGCUGGCCGUGAAUGCGAAGAAUGGCGAAAGUUUUGUAACCGUUUGUUACAAAUCAGUAGGUGCAUUUUGUUCUCAUGGGCUCCCGUAGAAAGAAACAUGGCGUCGCCCAGAGACUUGAGGUGUUUCUCAAUGUCAAGGCGCCUGGCCUUGCGAGGCGAUGUUUUGCCAGACACCUUGCUUACGAGGACACCAUCCUUCCUUGGUCAAAGAAAACGGUUAAAUGGAACAGACUUGCUUCACGUCUUUGGAUCUAAAAAAACAUUUUGAAUUAGCUGACUUACUUUUAAACUUGAAAAUUGUCCCCGAAGUAGCUGCAGGCUUCUGAUCCGCCGUCUUUUUGAAAAUACCGCAGUGUGUUCUGGGUAAUUUUUGACCAAGGCUAGGCUACAAGACACCUCCAUCCUUGCUCAUCUAGCUAAACGGCUAACAAACGGAGAACACACGCCUCGGUAGAACAUGAACAUUGGAACACGCCUUGGUGGUUCCUGAUGGCGUAUCUCCUAGGCAACCAGGGCGGGGCUAAGACAUCAAGGUGAGGUUCCUUGGCAUUGAGAAACACCCGUAAACCCGCUCCCGUGUAUUUCAGACCAGAUUUUUAUGGUUAUAUGUUACGAAGCCGCCAAUAUUUCUCAACAACUGGACAUUGCGUCAUUCAUUUUCAACAUUUUAAUGGUAGAAACUACACGAUGUCUCUUUAAAUGAUGUUGGUCACUUUAAUGUCUAUUUAACUGAAUUUUGUUAGAUGUUCUAAGGUGGAAAAUUGCCCCUUCGCCAAAAAAAAAGAACAAAUAAUUUGAAGACCUGGCAUUGCUGAUCCUGCUGAGAUUAAGUUAUAAAUACGUGCAGUCUCAUUCAAAGUCUCAACAUGUGACAGGAUGUGUUGGCACUCGGACGGCUCUGAGCUAACUAACCACAUCUUAGGCCAAUGUUUGUGUUUGUUAAAGCCAUCAGCUCAGGUGGAAGGGUUGGCUUUGGUUUGGCUCUGAAAUCAUGUUUUAUAUUUUGAAGAGGAAUUAAUGUUAUGUUUAUACCGUUUGCUGCAGCAGGAGCCGGGGAUUGUCGCUAGGCAACCACCCCUCCUCCCCAGCAUCAGCAGCAUGGCAGAGUGCGCGCGCCAACUGCCGCAUCUCGAUGUUGCCCGCACGUUCUGCGUGCCUUGUCAUCACGCAGGGAAGGUUUUGGUUUGCAAACACUUUCUUCUGCUAGAAGAGGAAGAGGAGCAGAAGAAGAGAGGGAGGGAGCGCCCGGAAAAGGAAAUUAAAGAUUCAGGAUGAUUUGAUCGCAGAUGUUAAAGUCAGCUGUGUUCCUGUGUUUGGACGCCGUGAGGUAAACUGGUGCGCGAGCUGAACGGGAUGCCCUCGUGACUGCAGGAAGAAAGGAGGAGGGGGAGGGAGAGGGGGGGAGGUGAUGGUGGACCCUGAGGUGGAGUUGUUGAAGAUUAAAACCUGUGAGGAGAUCCUCGGUGUCCGGAUGAAAGAUUUUUAUUUUCGUCCCUCCCGGGACGUUCACUCUCCUCCCGGUCGAGCCGACAGCCUCUCCGGUCUCUAACCGUGACUGGAUCUCCUAAGGUCGUAGGGUUGGUGGUGGUGGGGGGGAGAAGCGGGGAAAGGAGGAGCUCACAGGUUUCGACGUUGUUCUCCAUCACCGAACGACGAAAUCACCGCCUGUCGCCCGAAACCCGCAGGAGCCGCUCACUCCGGGAUGCUGUAGGAUUCUGCGGCCGCGGGUCUCCGGUUACCGCAAUGCCACACGGCCGAGAGGAGGAGGUGGAAGAGGGACCGCGGAGAGGUCGCACGCCUCUAGAGUAAAGAUUUAAUGCUGAGGGCGGACGGAGCGGGAGGAUGGCACAGGCUGUACUUUCUGCGCUCCGGGUGGUGAUGGACACCGCGGAUGAACUCGGGCUGAAACGUCAAACGGGGUGAUUACGGCGGCUGUCCCUGAAUAGUGGCUGCUCUAUAACCAACUUUCUGCUGACGAAGUUCUUGGACUCGCUGACCGGUCCGCGCAGUUUGCGCCAUGGGACGCUGCGGAGGAACUAUUGCGCCGGACAGCUGAGAGUUUGGCGCAUGAUUGUGAGACAAAGCGUUUAUGCCCGUUUUCUUCUGCUCUGCUGCUUAUCUGUCCACACGCGUUGUUCUAUGAACUCAGAGCGAGUUUAGAACAUCUCCUCCUUACACACACACACACACACACACACACACACACACACACACACACACACACACACACACACACACACACACACACACACACACACACACACACAAACAUGCCCUCACGUUCAGAUUCCAGCAGCGUGGCCUCUGGGUCUCGGGGUUGGUCGGACAGCCGUAGAGGCGUGUCGGACCGAGCUGGUGGGGCACGGCUGCUCCUCUACCUGGGUCUGUGCCACCUGGGUCUCGGAGCCAUGGUGCUGGCCUUCUCCUUCACCAGCAUGGCCUUCACCUCCUCCGCCCGCGUGAGGCAGUCCUGUCCAUUCUGGGCCGGUUUCUUUGUAAGUCUGACAGGAAACGUUAGCAGUGAAAUAAGAUCAGACGUGUUGGUGAGCGUUUCGUGUGUUAUCCAGGUGGUGGCAUCAGGAAUAGUUGGAAUAAUCUCCUGGAGGCGACCUUUGACCCUGGUGGUGUCGCUGUUCAUGCUGCUGUCUGCGGUGUGUGUGAUCCUCAGCCUGGCCGGCUCGAUGCUCUCCUGUCAGAACGCACAGAUGGUCAAGUCUAUGCUCACCUGUCAGGUGGAGAACGGCCUGUGUGUGUGUUGUUCACACACUCAGGACUGCUCCAUAGAAAAGGAGGAUACACUGGUCCUGUACCUGAAUGUGGACUGCCACGCAGUCAGACACCAGCUAAAGGAUCUUCUGUUCAGCGCAUGCGGCCUCAGCAUUCUCUCCACCAUCAUUUGUACGUUGUCCACCGUGACUUGCAGCAUCCACAUCUUCUCCCUGGACCUCGUGCACCUGCUGGCCCCGCAUCGCUCUCGAUCCGUCAACCCAGAAUGCACCACUCCCCAGGAUGCCUUCCUGACCAACAUCAUGGACUUUGAGGAGUUUGUUCCCCCCAUUCCUCCUCCUCCUUACUAUCCUCCUGAAUACACCUGCAGCUCUGAGACGGACGCUCAAAGCAUCACGUACAACGGCUCGAUGGAGAGCCCUGUCCCUUUGUACCCCACUGACUGCCCCCCUCCUUAUGAAGCUGUGAUGGGACAAAGAGCCGCCAGCCAGGCCACGGUGUUCGACCCCCACGGCACUGAGCUGUCUGGAGAGAGAGGGACUUCCACGGCCUUUAGCGGAGAAGUCUCUAUGGACAGUGGAUCUCUGCUGAUGUCAGAGAUCGUGGACAUUCCUGACGACUCCUCCCCCUCCGAAGACUCCUGUUUGUUGGAGGUUGGGCUUAGGAACCAGGGGGAGAGGGGUAACAGGAGCUCCGGGGACAGGGGGGACAUGAGCCUCCGUGGAUCUCUGACUCACACACCAGAGAGUCCCCUGGCUGGAGGUCCGAGAGCCAGGCGGUUCCUCCGAGGAGAGAGGUCCAACUCCUGCUCCUCGCCCAGCACGGCCACCACCACGUACAGGUCUCCUGUGCUGCAUCGCCAAGUGAUGCUAACUAGUAGCUGCUCUCAGCUGGAAACAAUAAGUAGUUCCUCCAAUCAGCAGCGAGCUUUCAUCCCAGAGAUCCGGGUCAACCCCUCCACCCCCUUAAACCACGGAGGUGUCCCGGCCAGCUCCGUGCCACAUCCUUCAUCUGCCGCUGCUGUGGGUGAGCACGGGGGAGGACCAACCCUCUUACACCAGCCUCUCUACCGCCGUCGAAGGGCGGAGAGAGGUGGGAGGGGGGGAUUUACUACGAGGAGGCAGAGCGAAGGCUUUUUACACCUUGUGAGGUCACACAGUGAGCCUGGCCUCAGCUCCUCGACGGACACGGUUGACUUUGGCUCUGCAGGCAGCAAAGCUUCCACAGACACAGCUCCGUCUUCUGAGGCGUGUUUGUUGCCCCGCACGCCUUUGCCUCCUGCUGCAGCUCUUCCCAGUAAAGGCAGCAUGAAGCCAGCAGCUUCCGGGGUGCAGGUCCCCUCCAAACCAGUGCCCGCUUCCCCUCUACGUUUACCCAAGGACUGCCACCGUUCUCUUGGAGACCUGAAGGUUACUCGUGUUCUGGUGGCUCGCUUCCUGCAGCGCUCCAAACGUAAUCUGUCGCCAUCUACUGAGCACGUUGGGAGUUCAGCGUCAGGUCCAAAGAGGAGGGGCGGAGCCGAGGCUGUCGGAUUGGACCACGUUUCCUCCGAGCAGGUGCUGCGGACCCCUUGGGGCAGCAGCCGGGGACACCUCGUCCAUCGCUCCCACCACCCUCACCGCCGCGGACAUCACUACUCCCACAGUGACAGUCGACACAAUCGCCAUCAGAGCAGCCGGGCGUCAGAAGGGAUCCACCUGCGGAGCUGUGGAGACCUAAGCUCCUCCUCAGCUUCACUGCUUCAACUGGUGACGGCCCACCAUGGGUCAUCAGGAGCUCUCCACUCAGAGUCUGCGCUGUGAGGAAGGAUGAGGAAUGUUUGGGUUUUGUCCAGGAUUUCACCAUCAGCCCGGAGCUCCUUCAGGUUUCACCUCAAACAAAAAUCCACUCACGCUCUUUCUUCUCAUCUUGCUGUUCAUUCACCAGAUUGCUCGGGCGAAGCGAUCACUGAAGCUCUUUUGUCGUCUUCCAUUCAUAUGAGCUGAAACCCGAAUAAACAAAAGUUCAGCUCAUUUUGACGUGAGAGACGAACAAGGCUGCACACGAGGACAAAUACGUAAAAUCUACCUUUUUCACCUAAAAGAUGGCCGUCACAAACCAAGCAGCCAGCACCGCUCUGAAAGACACAGACACAAGUUCAGCGUUUCAGCCUGUGUGUGUUCACCGGACGCUUGAUCCACGUGUGUGCAUGUUCCGCUGCAGCCGUGAUGCCCCGGGAACCGUGUGCGUUUGAUUCUGCUCGUCCGUACAGGGGCGUGUCCAGGGAGUGGCCUGGGGUAGCAAAUGCCACCCUUGGAAUCUGAUUGGCCACCCCAGGUGCCACCACACAGAAUUCUCCUUAGAUAGGCUUUUCAUUGUCCACAAAAGGCUUGGGGGUAAAAAAAAAAAAGCAUAACCACUGGUGCCACCCAUGCACAAAGUGGUGCCUCACCUGGGCCACCCCAUUUUAAAAGAUCUGGACACGCCACUGCGUCCGUAAUUAGGCAACAAGUGCUUUGAAUGUCUUUACCUGCACGUUUGCUUCUUACUUUUUACUUUUGGCACACAUAACCUGUUAGAGUAACUCAAAUCAAAGGUCAAAGGUCAGUUUUUUUUACCCUGUAUUUUCAUUUGUGAAAGAAUAUCUGAAAGUAAAACAAAUCCUUGUAAAAUAACCAAACCCACUAUGUGAAGAGGCUUUACGAAACCUGUUGAUUUGGAUUUGCCAUGGUUGUUUAAUAAAGAUGCUGAUUGGUCCUAGCCUAGUGAACUAGACCAAACUCUUGCUUUGCAAAGAAUGGUCUAGGCACGCUCCAUUGGAACCUCAGCAGCUCCUACCAGGACUCUGGCUAGCCAAUCACAGCUCUCUAGAGGGGUUUCAAACACAUAAAGAGCUGUGAUUGGUCCAUAAUGGUGGGCCAAUCAUAGUGCUCUAUCUGCUUAGUGAACAAAUCACAGAGCUUUAUCCGCUUUGUGGGCCAAUCAGGGCACUCUAUAUGCCUGGUGGGUGGGAUGAUGCAACAGAGUGAAACAAGAGGAUGUCACAUUCAUUGUCCAGUGGAAUGCGGAGAUCAUUUGAAAGACAACGGUAGAACCCGCCCCACAACUGAGAGCCGUCAAUGGAGCAUUGCCAGACUAAAUCAUACAUUUAUUUAGUCUGGCUUGCCAGGCUAGAUUGGUCCGGCACCUUGAAGCAUAUUUAUAUCAGAGAGGGCAGACUCGCUGAACACACACACAUGUAUGUACACUAAUUACACUAAGCUCACACACACACACACACACACUCUCUCUCUCUCUCUCUCUCUCUCUGAAGACACCGAGCUUUGUUUCUACCUCCUGUCGUGCAGAAAAGUUUAUUUAUUUGGAGAAAUUGUGUCUGUAUUGCAGGCCUAGCAGGAUGGAGCCUUUAAACGUGAACGAUAAAUGUAUUCUCAAUCUGACGCUUACUCCAGAGUUUAAAAGCAGUGUUGAUGGUGAAACUUUUAAUGCAAGUUAUGUGCUUCAACACAUGAAUAAAUGAUGAAAUAAACAUGAAAAAUAAACAAGUUGCUGUUGUGUAAAUAUUAGAAAAAUGAACUAAUGAUAGGUUUAGAGAAAGUCUGUGGUGCUGUUAAAUUCAGUACAGAUGUCGGUAUCGGCAGGCCUGGCGAGCCAAACUAAAUAAAUACUUUGAAAAGUAAGAA